GGACGGCGUUGCCAAACACACAUCAGCACUGAUCUUUGCCGCGGCAGUCGGGCCCGGCAGCGACGAACCGUUUCGUUCGGGCCUUUUACGCAACUUCGGGGUUGCUGGUUUGCGGUGGAUUAGAAGCAAGAAAUGGGCACACGACCAUUUUUUUUCUCACAAAAAGAAGGGAUGGACCCUGGGAAGGCCGCUGACAUUUUACCCCUAAAAGCAAGCUACCAUGGCCUCCCCCCAUUAUCAGGCCACUGGUUCCCUCCCGUCUGACUAUGCUAUCCUAUCUCGCUAUGCUGCUCAUCGCUCCACUAAUGACGAUGCCGUCCCGAUAGACACCGAGGAACCUGAAUAUGACUCUGAUAGCACCGAGGGCUCCCCAUUCUUAAGCGUCCCUCGGCCGUCCAAACCGACCAUGGCUAAAGACCACCUUGCCCCACCUCCGUUCAACGAAAUCACGCCCCUCCUCAACCCUGCAAUUCCCCGUAUCCCGGAACAUGUCGAAGACAACGAUGAUGCAUCCCAUGAAAAUACUAUGGCCAUUUUUUGGGAGGAAUUCCGGAUACUGACAAGAUAUGGUCUUCCUGUCUGGGGAACUCAUGUAUUGGAGUACAGUCUUGUCAUGGCUUCCGUACUCUCCGUCGGACAUUUAUCUACGACAGCCCUGGCAGCAAUAACCCUAGGGUCGAUGACUGCCAGUGUAUCUGGCCUCAGUAUCAUCCAAGGCUUCACAAGUGCCCUUGACACUAUGCUUCCUUCCGCAUGGACUUCGCAGCCUCAACUUGUUGGCCUUUGGUCCCAACGGAUGGCUGUCGUGAUGGCGGUUCUCCUUAUUCCCAUGUAUGCUGUCUGGUUUAACGCCGAGGCUAUCUUGUUAUUGCUCAAGCAAGACCCGGAUGUCGCUCAUCUCGCAGCAGUGUAUCUCCGCUAUGUUUCGUUUGGUUUACCAGCGUACGCGUUCAACUGCAUCAGUAGGCGGUAUUUCCAGUCACAAGGUCUAUUCGCCGUGCCCACGCGCAUCAUAUUCAUCGUCGCGCCUAUCAACGCGUUGCUGAAUUACCUUCUUGUCUGGGGCCCUGAGCCGAUUCGACUCGGCUUUAUCGGAGCACCCAUAUCCACAGCGAUAUCCUUCAAUCUCGUGGCUCUCCUGUCAACACUCUAUGGUGUCUUCUUUGCUCCCAAGACUGCGUGGCAUCCAAUCUGUCGACGGAGCUUUACCAGUCUCGGCGUCCUGGCUCACCUCGGUCUAGGUGGCGUGGGCCAAACCGCUUCCGAGUGGUGGGCAUGGGAGUUGAUCGGACUCGCCGCAUCUUUGCUUGGUCCCGUCGCCCUCGCGACCCAAUCUGUCUUGCUCGUGUCGUCAUCGACAACCUUCCAGGCGCCAUUUUCCCUCUCGGUUGCUGCUUCCGUUAGAAUCGGUAACCUAUUGGGUGAACGCAAAGCCCGGCGAGCUGGAAUCGCGUCCAAUACGUCGCUUGUCAUGUCACUAAUCAUGUCAUCACUAUUCUGCAUAAUGUUUCUUGUAUUCCGAAAUUCUUGGGGACAUCUUUUCAAUGACGACCCUGCCGUCAUUGCUCAGACUGCCGCCAUCCUUCCCGUCGUGGCCGUGUUCCAAGUCUUCGAUGGUGGAGCCGCUGUUAGCGGAGGUGUUUUGCGUGCUCGAGGUAAACAGGUCACUGGAGCACUUCUGAAUCUAAGUGCAUACUAUAUUAUCGGUAUCCCCCUCGGAAUUCUACUCACCUUCAAGGCCGGCAUGGGUCUACAUGGACUAUGGUACGGCUUGACUGUAUCCCUCAUCUACUGCGCCGUCUUUGGAACCAUCAUCUGUAUUCGCACUGAUUGGGAUCACGAAGUCGCCAAGGCUAUGGCUAGACUCAAAGAGGAAGAUAAAAAGCAACGGAUGGAGAUGGAUGCUGAGGAGGGUUUGACAGGCUGACGACGAGCUAUGAACUUUACGAAUCGCUUCUUGACGGUUGAAAAUUAACCAUGAUCACAUUUUUUA